UGAACUAAAAGCAGAAUCAUGGUAAAUUCCACACGUACUUCUUACUUCACCCUUGCUGCCUACUGUGACACUGGGAUUUUCAGGUAUUUACUUUUCAUGAUUGUUAUGUUAUUAUAUAUGUUAAUAAUUUGUUCCAACCUUCUGCUCAUUGUGGUUAUCUGUAUGAACAGGAGCUUACAUGAACCUAUGUACAUGUUCCUGUGCAGUCUGUUUGUAAAUGAACUGUAUGGUAGUUCAGGGUUGUUCCCGUUCCUUCUGACUCAGAUUCUCUCUGACAUUCACACGGUUCCUGCUUCUCUUUGUUUCUUGCAGAUUUACUGUUUGUAUACAUAUGCAAAUGUCCAAUUUUGUAACUUAUCCGUCAUGUCUUACGACAGAUAUCUUGCUAUCUGUUAUCCUCUACAAUAUCACACACGCAUGACAUGUCACAAGGUUUCCAUGCUUAUUGCGUCAGUAUGGUUGUACCCAUUUCUUGAAGUUGCUGUCAUGGUAGCUUUGAGUGCUCCUUUACAGCUGUGUGGGAACAUAAUUCACAAAGUGUACUGUGACAACUUCUCUAUCAUCAAACUGGCCUGCUUCGACACCAGAGUCAACAACAUCUAUGGACUUGUUUACACAUUUACCAUAAUAGUUGGUGUUUUAACUUUAAUUUUUUAUAGUUAUUUAAAGAUUCUUAUUAUCUGUUUCUCUGGCUCUAAACAGACGAGACAGAAAGCUGUCAGCACCUGCACACCUCACCUCGUGUCUCUGCUCAACUUCUCUUUUGGUUGUUUCUUUGAAGUAUUACAGAGCAGAUUUAAUAUGAACAGUCUACCAAACAUGGUACGCAUUUUUUUGUCAUUAUACUUUCUGACAUGCCAACCGCUCUUUAACCCUGUACUUUAUGGACUGAAAAUGUCAAAAAUACGUACAUUAUUUAAACUUACUGUUUUUGGUAAGAUGUAA